GGGUGUGGUUGAAUCGUGCUUAAGCGAGCCAUCGGUAGCGCUGAACGUAUGGUUACAUUCGCAUAAUCAUUAAGAUUGACCUGUAUGUGUGCGUGCAUGUAUGUAUUUAUAUAUAACGUACAGCUGCGUGUGUAAAUAUAUGCUUAAUUAUUAGCUAAACCAUUCUGUCUUUAUUUAUUGCACUAAUAGGUGUGUUUCCUGCUCCACCGGCAAGAUAAGUAGCUUUUGGUUGCAAGUUAGUUUUUAUUUUAUGUUUACCUUUAAAGCGCCCUAGCCCUAACCCCUAACCUUUUUCGGUGUUUGGCGAUUUAUUCAGUUGCUCCUUUUUGGACAAGAAGGCGACGGACAUAACGGAGCGAGGAACAGUCGAGAGGGAGGGAGAACAGCGAACUAGCAAGGGAGGAAGGAAGCGAAGGAUCACGAAACACAAACGGAACGAAAACGAAGGCAUAGAUAGCAUUUAUUAACCACAAAAAGAAUCUUUGUGAAUUCUCUUUGGUGCUUGGACUGAUUUCUGCAGAAGACUGUAGGUUUUUACGAGGACUGCCUUACGAACAUUCUUUUAUACACCCCAAAGUCUACUGGAGUUUUUAAAAAAACAUAUUUUCUGAAGAGGAGAAGGGAAUACAGCAGCUUGUCUCUCAUCUUUUGAAGAGGCCCAAUCAAAAAUAGAUGAUCUCGCAGCAUUUCUUUUUAAAACCUAUAUAGGCUAAUAUGUAUUUUUUGCUUGUUGAAAAAAGCCAAUAUUCGCGGAGGGGAAUAAGAAACUGAAAGCACUGAACUACUGAGAAAUUCCAAAUUUUUUGUAUAUCAUUUUCAAAAGGACCAAGGAAUAAGGACCAGUUGUAUGCCUUAGCCAUUUAAAUAUCGCAUACUAGUCUUUUUAAACAAACAGAUCAACCACCACACCGGACAGAUUCAAGUAAUAAACAGUUUGCAGAUUGGCUGAGCUGUGGUAGGAGGGACAAGCAGGAGACCAAUCAACAAUGAGUGAGCUGGAGCAGCUGCGCCAGGAGGCGGAGCAACUGAGGAACCAGAUAAGAGAUGCAAGGAAAGCGUGUGGGGACUCCACCCUGACGCAGAUAACAGCGGGUCUAGACCCCGUGGGGCGGAUUCAGAUGCGGACACGACGCACCCUCCGUGGACACCUGGCCAAGAUCUACGCUAUGCACUGGGGCUCUGACUCCAGGUUGCUGGUAAGUGCCUCCCAGGAUGGGAAACUGAUCAUCUGGGACAGCUACACCACUAACAAGAUGCAUGCAAUUCCACUGCGCUCCUCCUGGGUGAUGACGUGUUCAUACGCCCCCUCUGGUAACUAUGUGGCCUGCGGAGGCCUGGACAACAUCUGCUCCAUCUACAGCCUGAAGACUCGAGAAGGCAAUGUGAGGGUCAGCAGAGAACUGCCGGGACACACAGGUUACCUGUCCUGCUGUCGUUUUAUCGAUGACAAUCAAAUCAUUACCAGUUCAGGAGACACAACAUGUGCAUUGUGGGACAUUGAAACGGGCCAGCAGACCACGGUGUUCUCGGGCCACAGUGGUGAUGUCAUGAGCCUGUCCCUGUCCCCGGAUUCCCGCACUUUCGUGUCGGGGGCGUGUGACGCCUCGGUCAAGCUCUGGGACAUCCGGGACAGCAUGUGCCGGCAGACCUUCACCGGCCACGAAUCGGACAUCAAUGCUGUCUGUUUCUUUCCCAACGGCAGCGCGUUCGCCACGGGCUCGGACGACGCAACCUGCCGGCUGUUCGACCUGCGCGCGGACCAGGAGCUGAGCCUCUACUCGCACGACAACAUCAUCUGCGGCAUCACGUCUGUGGCCUUCUCCCGCUCCGGCCGGCUGCUGCUGGCCGGCUACGAUGACUUCAACUGCAAUAUCUGGGACGCCAUGAAGGGAGACCGCGCAGGUGUACUGGCCGGCCAUGACAACCGUGUCAGUUGUCUUGGUGUGACAGAUGAUGGCAUGGCAGUGUGCACUGGAUCCUGGGACAGCUUCCUCAAGAUUUGGAACUGAAGAGUUGCAAUUACACAGCCCCCCCC